AGGAGCACAAGCGCACAGGCGCACAGGCGCACAGGCGCACAAGCCCAGGAGGAACCCAAGAAAGCCAAGCCUCACGUUGCCAAUGCGGAAAAGGCAACCCCUCGGCCACGCACAGCUGCUUUCUCAGCAGAGGCACUACUCCAGCAGAACACCCUUUGGCAGGCCGUCGCCCUUCCGGUGGAUCAGGCCGCUGGCAUAUACGGCCGGCGGCAUAGCCUUGGUUGCUGUGGGCUGGCCCGUUUUGCGCUACGUUUUUGCCGGCGGGCUCGCAUACGGAGCCAUGCGUCUGGUCCGCCUAUGGGUGCUUGUCCGCAAACUCGACAAGACCAUUGGCGCAGCCCAAGCCUCAUUCCCUGGCGGCAGCGGCGCCCUUGGAGGCCAAAGCCCCCUUGGCGCGCUGCUGAAAAACAUGCUUGCUUUGUUUGGCGGAUUCCCUAGCAUGCGUGGGGCAGGCGCAGCGGUGUCGCCCUUAUGUGUGGGUUCCAUGCGGAGCGUUGCUGAAACCAGCUUUCGCGCGUCCUGUGUUUCCGAUAGUAAAGUCGCUGCUAUGAUCCACGAGGCGCUUGGCUACGUUGGCCUUGCCGAUGGGUUUGCGCUGGGCGAGCCGAUGGAUGUGCAGUCAUCGACAGUUAUGAUGAAUGGCCAGAGCAAGAGCCGCCUGGAGGCUGUUUUCCCUGUGUUUGUUGAUGGCGCGGCGACGAAUUUGUUUGUUCAGGCACUGGCCAACGUUAUGACGGAUGCGGGCGCGGUUGAUGUCGAUGGGGUGCGUGUCUGGGCGCGUAUGGCUUCGGGCGAGGUUGCUGAGGCCAGCAUUGGCGUUGUGCAUGAGGGCGAAGAAGAUGAAGAGGGACGCCGCAAAGUGCAGGACGCUGAGUACAAAGAUCUGUAAGAGGCUGAAAAAAGGACUAGUUUUUUUUUGCUUGUAUAAUAAAUAUAUUUUCUUUCCUUUU